CAAGUUUAUUAUUUGUUAUAUUAAUUUCGUUAAUUUUAAUUGUAUACCAUUCAUAUAGCUCGAAAACAUCAAAGAUGUCGUACAAAUGUUUAAAAAGCAAUGGUGCUAGUAUAGAAGAGACACUUGGAAGUUGGGGCUUUUCUAACAGAGUCUCAAAUUCUGGUCAAGAACUUAGACGUUUAAGAUGUCUCUUUAAUAAGAUGGAUGGAAUGAAAACUAGGAAGCCAAUGAUGUGUGUAAAAUAUAAUUGUUUAUAUGACCCAGACGCAUGGCAUGUAAAACCUAGUCCUGACGAAUGUAAACCUAUUUGGACAAUGCCUAUGAGAAGACCUCUUAUUACAUAUAGCUCUACUGCUGAUAUAAUAAUGACAUCAAAUUUGGAUAGCAUUGGAACAGAUUUGCUUUAUCCUAUUCCAGGACGAAGUUAUCUAUUACAGGGUACAGAUAAAUGGUAUCGGCAUAGCCAAUGCUGCAAUCAACAGCCAAAUUGUUCAGUACGACAUCCUUGUGCACCACAGUGUUAAAAGCAUAUUAUACAUGUAUAAAGAUAAUGUACAUGAAAGUAAACAUCUGCUAUUCAGAUUUUUAUGGUCGUUUAUAUUUGAUAAUUUUAAUCAUAAGUUGUUAUUUGUAUCUUUCUUUCGUCAAGCGAUAAAUCGUAUUUUAUUUAUAAAAUAUAAUAUAAAAUUCGUCAUGAGAAGGGCUACAAUCGUAGGUGUUCAAAAAUAUAUAGCUCAAUUAAAAAAAAUGAGGGUGAUGUUCAGAACGUGUAAUCCAUCACGUAAUAAUUUCCUGUCGAAACCUUUUAUUUCAAGCUUUUCUUUCAAACAUUUCGCCGUAUAAAUUGAAAGAAUUAUUUAAGUGGCUUGCUUUUGGUGACUCACCCCGUAUAUGCUUCAAAGAGGGCUCCUAUAAUAUAUGUAUAACUAGCAGUUUGUCACAUAUUGAUUACUUCCUCGCUAGAAAAAUAAAUGCAGUUGGAAAGUAUAACACAUGUAAUCCUCUCUAAAUGUACAGUCAUGGCAUGGUGUAUAAAGAUCAUUUCCUUUGAGUUUCCUUUUGAUCACAAAAUGUAUAUUAAUUCUAUAGCAAUGUAUUAUAACAAGUACGCAGUUUCAUUUAUUUUAUAUA